CAGGAAAUCCAGUCGGAGGAAAUCACCAAUUGCCAAUUGCAGACGUGCAAUUGUGUCCGGUUUCAUACUUUCAUUGGUUCCGGUCAGCACAACAUGGCACUCAUCUCGUCACUGAAAUUUUUUUCGCCGUCAACUUUGACUACCGCCCAAAAUGCUUUGUCCGUUUCGUCUAGAAAUUCCUCAUGGUGGAGUCAUGUCGAGAUGGGACCUCCUGACCCUAUCUUGGGAGUAACUGAAGCCUUCAAGCGUGACACCAACCCCAAGAAAAUGAACUUGGGUGUAGGAGCCUACCGAGAUGACAAUGGAAAACCAUUCAUCCUGCCAUCUGUGAAAUUGGCUGAAGAGGAAAUCCAGAAGAAGAACAUGGACAAGGAGUACUCGCCUAUCUCCGGUAGUCCAGAAUUCUGCAAAGCUACCAUCAACCUUGCCCUUGGAGAGGACAAUGAAUGGACUAAGAAUGGAUUGAAUGCUACUGUGCAAGGAAUUUCAGGAACUGGUUCCCUCCGUAUUGGUACUUCUUUCUUGUCUGCUUUUUUCCCUGGCAACAAAGACCUGUAUAUGCCAACACCCACAUGGGGCAAUCACGUUCCUCUGGCCAAGCACGCUGGUUUGGGAAUUAAACAGUACCGAUAUUACGAUCCCAAAACCUGUGGUUUCGAUUUCCACGGGGCUCUGCAAGAUAUUGCUAAAAUUCCCGAACGUUCCAUGAUUCUUUUGCACGCUUGUGCUCAUAAUCCUACUGGAGUCGAUCCCAAACCAGAGCAGUGGGCUGAAAUGUCCAAAGUAAUUAAGGAAAAGAAACUGUUUCCUUUCUUCGAUAUGGCCUACCAAGGAUUUGCAUCUGGUGAUAUUGACAAAGAUGCUACCCCAGUCAGGAUGUUCUUGAAGGACGGACACCAGAUCGCCCUUUCCCAAUCGUACGCCAAAAACAUGGGCUUGUACGGCGAACGUGCAGGAGCCUUCUCCCUUAUCUGCAGCUCUAAAGAAGAAGCUGCUGCCACCAUGUCGCAGCUGAAGAUUAUCAUUCGUCCCAUGUAUUCUAACCCACCAGUCACUGGUGCAAGAAUCGCUACAGAGAUCCUUACAACCCCAUCCAUACGUUCUCAGUGGCUGAAGGAUGUGAAAGGCAUGGCCGAUCGAAUCAUUUCAAUGCGCCAACUUCUACGUUCCAACUUAGCUAAGGAAGGAUCAUCCAGAGACUGGGCACAUAUUACCGAUCAGAUCGGUAUGUUCUGUUUCACUGGAAUGGCACCUGCUCAGGUGGAGAAGUUGACCAAGGACUUUAGCGUUUACCUAACUAAGGAUGGACGUAUUUCAGUUGCUGGAAUCACGUCAAAGAACGUUGAAUACUUGGCGCACGCCAUGCACCAAGUGACGAAAUAAAAAGCUCCAAAAUGUCCCUCCGAUGAUAUUCUAGGAUAUGUAAUCCUGUUUAUCAGCUAGCUGCAUCAUAGUCAACUGUCGGAUCACCACGUUAUGGAGACCUGCAAUCGCCCUUGGAACCCCCCACUCCUUAAUGGAUGUUAUCCUUCCCGGUUAUUAUUUCCACUUGUUUACUUUAAUGGUUAUGGUAGUCCUCGAACUUUUAGCGAUCGGAGAAGAUAAGUCACCACUGGAUGGGACAUCCGAGUAUAUCUUUAAUCUUAUACAAUUCUGUUCAUGAAUACAGAUGGUGAUAGUCUUGUCGGUUGACGACCCAACUAAA